AUGGGCGGCACGCUAGCUUCUAUUACCUCUGCUAAAGAGAGCUCGGCCAUCAUGUCUUGGCUCGGUGUCAAUGACGUCAAAUUGCAUUUGUGGAUUGGAGGAAGUGACGUCAGUAUGGAAGGCACGUGGGAAUGGGUAACUGGUGAAUCGUUUGAGUUUGAGGAAAUGAGACAAAUUAGUGAACCAAACGGAGAGUGCACAGCUGUUGCAUACAGAAAAGAAUCCAGGAAGUGUCAACUUAUCGCCGUAGACCCGAAGGAGGCAACCAGCUUUCCUGCUAGUUCAGAAUGGAAGCUCUUUGUUGUGAAAUCGAUAUGUCCACUUGGAUGGGAAUUUAUUGGUUCUGCUUGCUACUACCAUGCUGCAGUUGAAAUGAAUUGGGAAGGCGCCCGACAGCACUGCCAAUCGAAAAGCGGCACAUUAGCUGCUAUCACAUCUGUUGAAGAAAAUGCAGCAAUAUUGUCUUGGCUUGCUGCUAAGAGCGCCCCGUUCUUUGCGUGGAUAGGAGGAAAUGAUAUGAUUGUAGAUGGCACAUGGAAAUGGGAGACGGGAGAAGCUUUUGUGUUUCAGGGCUGGUCCAAUGGUGAGCCGAAUGGUAAUGGGUCAGAGAACUGUCUGACCGUACUUAGUGUUACAGGUGGAUGGACUGAUUAUGAUUGCUCACUGACGUUGUCUGAUAGUGUUUGUGAAAAAGAUCCUUAUUAA